CGUCCCUGGAGCACAGUGUCAUGGUGCUCCUAGCAGUUCUUAUUAAGUGAGCUGUACAUUCUGUCUGUCGUGGCUGUUGAGACCUUACCAAGAACGUAAAGGAAACAGAAAUCAGCAGUGGAGUAUCUGUGCAAAGGAAAUUGCAUGAUGAAUCUCAUAAGUGGCCAUUAACCUCCCCCUUCCACCCUAUAGUUUGCAGCCCUUCUUGAUGCAAACAUAGAAUCCAUACCACACGUGGAUUAGGGAUCUGAGAAGCACACCUAGACCGCCCUAGCCUGGUCCUGGUCUUUGGAGAGCGAUGCCGCUGCCCGACACCUUAUUCUGCGCGCAGCAGAUCCACAUCCCACCCGAGCUGCCGGACAUCCUGAAGCAGUUCACCAAGGCGGCCAUCCGCACCCAGCCCGCCGACGUGCUGCAGUGGGCCGCGGGGUAUUUCUCCGCUUUGUCAAAAGGAGAUCCACUUCCUGUAAAGGAGAGAAUUGAAAUGCCCGUGGCCACUCAGAAAACAGACACUGGCCUGACUCAAGGAAUGCUCAAAGUGCUGCACAAGCAGUGUGGCCACAAGCAAUACGUGGACUUACUGGACCUCGAAAAGAAAUGGAGAAGUUUGUGCCUGCCGAUGGAGAAGCUCAGAGCGCUCAUAGAACUGGACCCCUGUGAUCACAAAAUCGAGUGGAUCAAGUUUUUAGCACUUGGAUGUAGCAUGCUUGGUGGGUCCCUGAACACCGUGAUGAAGAACCUGUGCGAGAUCCUGACCCAGGACCCCGAGGGGGGGCCCGCGCGCAUCCCCUUCAAGACCUUCUCCUACGUCUACCGCUACCUGUCCCGCCUGGACGGGGACACUCCCGCCUCGGAGACGGAGGCCUAUCUCGCCUCGCUGAAGGACAGCAUAGACAGUAGAAAGAAUGGCAUGAUCGGACUCAUGGAUUUCUUCGUCCUAGCGAGGAAAAUGUAAAAAAUCUCAAAUAGAAAACUCAGAAGACAUGCCAUUAAUACAGAGAAAAACACACUUUAAUGUCAAAAGAGUGUGUUUUAAAACCUUGGCACCAAUUACAACUUGUCAUUAACCACA